UGUUUGCGAUACAACCAUGAACGCUUAAACGAAACGAACGGUUACAAACGGAAAUUGUGAGGAAAUAAAUUUUAUUUAUUUAAUCGGUACGGCGGGAAAUAUGUGUAUAUUAACGGAUACUUGACGAAAUUUUGUGUGUGAAAUUGGAAAGUGUAUUAUGAAAAUUGCAAAUUUAAAAAGGAUUACAAAUUUAUAAAAUAAAAAAUACUUGAAGAAAACAAAAAUAUUUAAGAAAAUUGUGCAAAUAUUUGAUAUAUCUAAGAGAAAGUGUUAAAAGGAUAUUUAAAGGAUAAUUCAUAAUAAGCUGUUUUUAACAAGUGAUUAAAAAAUUUCAGGUACCCAACAACACACUAAAAUGAAAAUCCUUCAACACAAUCGCACACAAGUCUAUUUAUUGAAUUAAUUUGGAUCAAGAGAUAUAAAAAGGCGAAAGACAUAAAAAACACUUGAAAUUGAAAAAAAAGAGAUCAACAAUAAAGCGCCACUAACCAAGUAAUUGUAUUAUUUAUUAAAAUCAUCAGUAUUUAACGUAAGAUCAACAAACGCCUCUCAUAAAUUGUAAAUAAAUAACAGCAACAGACGACAGUCGUCGUUGACGGUAGUAACAGCAGCAGCAGCAGAUAACGAAAAGAAAUAAAUAAAUAUCACUAUCUGUGGUGGACUCAUGUGAGAACAAUUUAUGACGUCACACAUAAAUAAAUUAUAAAUAUUAUUACAACUACAUUAAAAGACCAACAAAAGAGAUAGAGAGCGAGUGAUCGUGUAAAUAAUUUGCACUAUAUAAAACUCUAAAAAGUAACAAUAACAACAAUUUAAAGAUUACAAUUCAACAAUACACUCGCGACAUCAAUUUUCUUGACAAAAAAGAGUAUCGGAAAAAUUGAAACCAUUAUUUGAAAAAAAAAAACAAAGAAAAUCCACAAUGAAUAGUUUAAGACCGAACAGUGUUAGUGAUACGACUCCCCUGAAGAGGCUGGAGAGUCAGAGCAGUUGUAGUGAACCAUCUUCACCGACAAUCAAUGGUGGUAGUGCCUUGUGUGUGGGUGUAACGACAACAGCAACAAUUGCCGCAGCAGCAACAAUCGCUAAUGGUGGCUGUUUAGUGGGUGUAAAUGGUCUCGGUGCUACUGGUCACGGUAGUGAUACAACAACUUCGUCAUCGACCACAACAACAAGUACAACAUUGUCUUUGAAUAAUCAUCAUAUUAAUAAUUACAGCAACAACAAUAAUAAUAAAAACGAGAAAAGUUUAAAUAUUUUCGGAAAUUCCGGUAUUAUUGGUGGCGUCUGUGGCGGUGGCGGCGGUGGUUUAAUUGGCAUUGGAACAGGUGAUAAACAUAAAAUGGAGUUGUAUGGUACCCGGAAAAUAUGUUGCCGUUUAUUGGUGGAUUUAAUGAUACUGGCCUGUGUUGGUCUACCCAUAUUAAGUUUCAAUUUAUGGGGUGAAUCGUAUAAACGUGGCUUCUUCUGCAACGAUGAUUCGCUAAUGCAUCCAUAUCACGAAUCGACCGUGGCUAGUUGGAUGUUGUAUUUGAUGUGUUUUUUAAUACCCAUUUCCAUGAUAACAAUCGUUGAAUUUUUCAAAUCGAAUUCACAUAAAAUGCAUACUUUUGGCAAUUUAUCAAGCAGCAAUUAUUACUUUUUACAUUUGGAAAUACCCGACUGGCUGGUGGAGUGUUAUAAACGUAUUGGUUUGUUAAUAUUUGGUUCAGGUGUUUGUGAAUUAACUACAGAUAUUGCCAAAUAUUCGAUUGGACGGUUGAGGCCACACUUUUUUGCGGUCUGUCAACCCAUAUUACCCGAUGGCUCAACAUGCGAUAAUCCUCUAAAUGAAGGUCGUUAUAUUGAAGAUUUCACUUGUCGUGGCUUGGGUUAUUCUACGAAAAUCAUAAAAGAAGCCUAUUUAUCAUUUCCCAGUGGUCAUGCCAGUUUUACAUCAUUCACAAUGAUCUAUAUAGCGAUUUAUCUACAUAAACGCAUGACCUGUUCGCGCAGUAAAAUGUUUAAGCAUUUAUUACAAUUUAUGUUUCUUAUGUUCGCUUGGUAUACAUCAUUGACACGUGUUUCCGAUUAUAAACAUCAUUGGACCGAUGUUUUGGCGGGUUCAUUGAUUGGCACACUGUAUGCCAUAAUAGUGACAUGUUCUAUGUGGUAGAACGAAGAUGAUAACUUGAGUUGAAGGAGUGUAUCCAUGGUUGGGUUGGAGAUUAUUAUUUUAAGGCUGCGUUUACACCUGCAAACAUAUAAAUUUUUUUAAACUGAAAACUACUAAGCUGCCACCUAUGUAUGCUGAAAAAAUCGUUUUUAAAUUGCAGGUGUAAACGUUGUUAUAAUUUGGGAUUUAAUCCCCUAUAAAUUUAAUUUCUUUUAAGUAUAAAUAUUUACACAUUUUUCUUUGGUUUAAAUUGCUUUAAUUUUGCUUUUAAAAUUAAUUUUAUUUAAAAUUCUUUUUAAAAAAGUUUAAAAUAUUACAGUAACAUAAAAAUAUUACCAUCAUUAUAUGCUAACAUCAACUAACUGAACACAUUUUUUUCAUUAUAAUAAAAUAAUUUGACACUAUUUUUUAUGUUGAACAUAAAUUGUCGGUUACGUGAUGUCUAUAUUGUCAUUAUGGUAAAUAUUUAAAACUAAAAAAAUUUUAAUAAUUUUACUUUAUAUUCGUGCAUUUGUAAUCUCAUUAAGUUUGUUCAUCUUUUAGUUGUAAGUUUUAAUUUUAAACAAAUUUUUUUCAAAGUAUUUAUUGUAAUUUAAAAUGUAUUAUUUUUUUUAAACACAUCACACAUCAACAGACAAGCAACAAAAACUUGUAAUAAAUUUUAAGCAACAAAAAC